AGCUACGGCGCGCCGGAGCGGACAUCCGCCGCCGCCGCCGCCGCCAUGCCCCGGUACGCGCAGCUGGUGAUGGGCCCGGCGGGCAGCGGCAAGAGCACCUACUGCUCCACCAUGGUGCAGCACUGCGAGGCGCUGGGCCGCGCCGUGCAGGUGGUGAACCUGGACCCGGCGGCGGAGCUCUUCAGCUACCCGGUCACGGCAGACAUCCGCGAGUUAAUAGAGGUUGAUGAUGUGAUGGAGGAUGAUUCCCUACGGUUCGGACCCAACGGUGGCCUCGUGUUCUGCAUGGAAUACUUCGCUAAUAACUUCAGCUGGCUGGAGGAAAGCCUCGGGCACGUAGAGGAUGACUAUGUGCUGUUUGACUGCCCAGGUCAGAUCGAGCUCUACACACACCUGCCAGUGAUGAAACAGCUGGUGGAGCAGCUCCAGCAAUGGGAAUUCCGUGUCUGUGGAGUUUUUCUGGUGGAUUCUCAGUUUAUGGUGGAAUCUUUUAAGUUUAUCUCUGGAAUUCUGGCAGCUCUCAGUGCAAUGAUAUCUUUAGAGAUUCCACAGAUUAACAUUAUGACCAAAAUGGAUUUGCUGAGCAAGAAAGCCAAGAAGGAAAUAGAAAAGUACUUGGAUCCAGAUAUGUAUUCUAUGAUUGAAGAUUCUACAAAUAUAUUGAAAAGCAAAAUGUUUAAAAAGCUGACUAAAUCCAUAUGUGGAUUGAUUGAUGACUAUGGUAUGGUUCGAUUUCUCCCUUUUGAUCGCUCUGAUGAGGAAAGCAUAAACAUAGUCCUGCAGCACAUAGACUUUACCAUUCAGUAUGGAGAAGAUCUUGAAUUUAAAGAACCAAAGGAAGUUGAAGAAGAUAAAUCUGCUCUUGUGGAUGAAUACUUUCAAGAUCAUGUGGAUGAGUAAAAAAUGAAUGUUCAAAUCUGGGAGGAGAAAAUACCUUGUUUGUG